UCAGACCUCUCCAUCAGGCCCCUGCUUAUCUGUUCACCUUCACUUCCUACCAGUUUCUGGCUUCAUGAGGCCACACCACCCCACUUCCUGCUGCCAUUCAAACACAAGACUGCUUCUGCCUCAGAGGACCAAGUCGGCCUGGAAGGGAUUUCCAGACUCCCAGAACUGGCUUCUUAUUAUUGCUAUGCUUCAUCUCAAACACCACCUCCACAGCCAGGCUGGCCUUCCCAGGCACCCCGGCUAAAGCAUUUCCCAAGCCUUGGCCAUCAUGUAACUUUUUUUGUUUUGUUUUGUUUAACCUUUCUUGGCUAUACACCCACUAAUCACGAGUAUACAGCUCAAUACAUUUUCAACAAACGGAACGCAGGUAUUGACCCAGCAUUCAGAUCAAGGGCCAACAUAACCACAUUGGCAAAGGAUUUGCAAGAACCCUGUCCACAGCAACUGAGUUUGCCAGAAUCUGUAAAUUCAUGCAGCUUUACACCUGCACUGGCCAAUACCGUAAUUGCUAGCCACACGUGGCCACCGAGCGCUUGAAAGGCAGCUGGUGUCAUUUGUUGAAAUGAUAACGUUUUGGACAUACUGAGUCAAAUAAGAAACAGCACACAUGGCUCUCAUCAUGUUUCUAUUGCACAGCGCUGCCUGGGGCCUCAGCAAGUCGUUUGGCUUCCUCAUGUCUUUCAUCUGUCUUCUCCAGCUGACUGUAAGCUCCCUGUAGACAAGGCCUGCUCCGUUCAAGGCUCGAUCUCCAGCUCCUGACACACCACACGCUAGGUGCUCAGUCACUAAUGGUCACGCGAACGAGUGAUCAGUGGGUGAAGCAGGGACUGCUGCCUGGGAAAGGUGAGCAGGCUGGAAAUGGGAGGUCCGCGCGGCGUUUCCCAGCCGGGCUCCUUCCGAGGCGGAAGGAAGGAGAGACCCCGGAUGUAGUCGAGGGGCCAGGAGGGAGGAGAGGAGGGUGGAGAGGAGGGUCGCCCCACCCUGGAGCGGGAAUGCUCCGGGGCCGCUCCGGGUCGCCAGGCGGCGGUUUCCAGGCAACGGCUGAACACAGACGCUGGCUAGACGCCGGCGCUGAGCAACCUGAGGCCGGCAGACUCCGACUGGGCCCCUGGGCGGGCGGGACGGACCGCGGCCAAGGCUGGGGCGCUAGACGGGGGCGGCAUGGAGGACGACGAGGAGGAGACCACCGCGUCCACGCUGCGGGGCAAGCCCAGGCCACCGCCAGUCUCGGCACAGUCCGCCUUCAGCUACAUCCCGCCGCGGCGCCUAGACCCCAAAGAGCAUAGCUACUACUACCGCCAGGCCCGGACAGGAAUUAUUUCCCUCUAUGACUGUGUUUUUAAGAGGCGACUAGAUUAUGAUCAGAAGUUGCACCGAGAUGACAGAGGACAUGCAAAAAGCCUGGGACUUCAUGUUAAUGAAGAGGAACAGGAGAGGCCGGUUGGAGUGUUGACGUCUUCUGUCUAUGGGAAGCGCAUCCGUCAGCCCAUUGAACCCCUAAACCGGGACUUCGGCCGCGUCAACCACGUGCAGGCUGACUUCUACAGGAAGAAUGACAUUCCCAGCCUCAAGGCACCCGGCUUUGGGCACAUGGCUCCAGCCUGAAGCAUCCCUGUGGUCCACAGGGCAUGUCGCGAUGCCCUGUGGGCUGGCAAGGUUGCACAGCAAGAAGGUGGCGUCUGGAGCCGCCUUUCCCCUUCCCAUGACACCUAGGAGCUUGGCUAUGCCUGUGUUGCAUCUCUACAGUGGGACACCUGAACGUUAGCAGCUUCCCUCAGGUUGCUGUGGUUAGGAGCCUAACCAAAAACACCUUCAGUACAUGUGAAGAGUCUCUGGUGUGAUGAUUUUCAGCUGGAAUUAUUUUUGAUCAAAUGAUACUGGAGACCGAUUCACUGUGAGCACCUGAAUAAAAUGAAAACUUUGUUCCCCCUUGGUAAUGGUUGGGUUGGUUUUUGUCACCGGCUCUCUACAUUUGCUAGGAUUCUUUGGAGAGGCAGUCACAGGAGUGAGGUGCAGUUACUUUUCCGAAGAGUUAUGGGAACUCCUGCUGCCUGGUAACACAAGCAACCCUGCCAUGUUCCCUUCUCCAAGAGGAGAUAUAAUGACAAUUGUCUUUUGGCACAACGGAACUCUAGAAACUCCAUUUUUGUUUUUCCAGAGGUCUGAGCCACAAAUAACAGAAUUUAGUGCAGCUGGGACCAGGAGCCCUAGUAAGGAUGGGUGGCCCUGGUGGCCAGCAGUGCUCACUGUUACCGCCCAGGGAGAGACGGCCAGUCCUGGGAAGAGACUAGAUUUCGGUGUCAACAAACUUGGGUAAAAUUCUGGCUGCUGCAUUUUCCAGAUUUGUGUUCUAGGGCAAGUCAUAUCAUCUAUAUGAGCAGACAUUUCCUCAUCUUUAAAGUGGAAUUUCCAAACCUAGAAGAGUUCAUGUGGGAGGCAAUGAGCUGCUGGAGUGCAGGUACAGGCACCCAGUGCCCCGUCUUCACAGCAAUGACUUGACUUUAAACAGUCUUCUUUUUGGAAGCAGUCGCUUUUAACCUACGUUGGAAAUAUUUACUCUGGGGAUAAUUUGAAACUCACCCAAGUGUUAAGGUAUCAGCUACGUUUUAAAUGAAUGGACCCCUUGGAAGAAAUCAUCUCUCAUCUACCAUGAUUAAAUUCCCACAGUUUAGCAGUGAACGGGCAGGUGGCCUAAUUAAUUUCAAUGCUGAUUGCUCCAUCACUGGUUUUAUUGUUUUGAAUAUGCAAAGAGGAUUCUCUAAAAAUAAAUGACACUGAAUUGCCGGCAAUUUCAA